UCAGUUGCACUUGACUUGGCUUUGGACAGCCUGCACUCGACUCGAGACUGUGACAGUGUGAGCUGAGUGAAGACUGAAGUAACAGACACUGAGACAGUUAGCAGACCGGCGUGAUAGAUAGUUCACCUAAGUUACGUCAAGUGAUGUAGAUCACUUCUGAAUUUCCUUUUAGGUUUAUUGUUACUGUUUUGAAAUAAUUCAGUGUCGUCCCGAGCAUGUUCCACUUUUCUUGGCACGCACAGUCCAAUGUUCUUAGUGCUUUGUCGCUGAAUACUUUGUCUGAAUCAUAAAGCUACUGUAGUUGGACUUGCAGAGUCUCAAGAUUAGUUUUUGCAAUGCUACUGGGUGACAGCGCGUGGACCUCUCUGUCGUCCCAGUGGAGAUACCGCUACAACAAAUGCUGAUUGAUUGUUGCACAUGUGCUGAGGCGCUACAGAGAAAAUCAUGAGUCGACGGAAGACACAGACCGAAGAGUCAGCUCCUCUUAUUGACGCAGAACUAGAGAUUCCAUCGCUGACAGCAAGUCACUCGUCCUCCGAGUCACUCUUUUCAAGUAUGAGUGAUGAUGAAGGCAGAGACCUUAUCAACACAUUACCACCCGAGCUGAUCAUGAAGAUAAUGUCUUUUUUGGAUGUUGUCUCCUUAUGUCGAUGUGCUCAAGUCUCUAAGGCCUGGUAUUCCCUGGCACUUGAUGGGAGUAACUGGCAGCGAGUGGACUUGUUCAACUUUCAACGAGAUGUAACCGACGAAGUGGUGGAGGGCUUGGCGCACCGCUGCCGUGGCUUUCUGCGCGUGCUGAAUCUUGAUGGGUGUCGUAGUGUGGAAACACAUUCAAUAGUACGACUGGCUAAGAGUUGUAAUUUAAUCCAAGAGCUGAUCCUGAAAGGCUGCGUGAAAGUCACGGAUAGAGCACUCAAAUAUAUUGCCAACAACUGCCCCAAUCUUCAGCUACUGGACCUGUCAGAAGGACCUGUUGUCACUGAUCGUGGCUGUGCCUAUCUGAGCAAAGGUGUACAAACUCUACAUCACUUAUACCUGGCCUGGUGCACUUCAAUCACGACCAUUGGUCUGCGCUCAAUCUGUAGCAGUUGCCGAGAGCUGCGAUCCCUUAAUCUCAAAGGUUGCGAUCAGCUGGAUGCCGAUGCUCUGAAGAGUAUUGGAAUGCACUGUCCACGUCUGCAGAGACUAAACUUGGCCCACUGCUCGUUCGUUGUGGACAGCUCUGUGACUGCCAUUGCCAACGGUUGCCAUGCUCUUGAGUACCUAUGCCUUUCCCAGUGCGGCAGCAUUACGGGUCACUCGUUGAAGUCACUGGGUCUCAACUGCCCCGAGCUAAGGACAUUGGAAGUUGCCGAGUGCUCUUUCUUGGCUGAUGAAGGAUUCAUAUUCCUCAGUGAACACUGUCCUAAACUGACUCAUAUGGAUUUGGAAGAGUGUGAGCUGAUAACAGAUGAAACCCUCCGUGCAUUCUCCACAAACUGCCCAUCACUUCAGCAACUGUCUCUAUCGUACUGUCACAGCAUCACUGACUCUGGUAUUGCACGCCUAGCACAUCCGUCCAGUGCGACAGGCAGCUUACGCGUUCUCGAGCUUGACAACUGUCCACAGAUUACCGACGAUAGCGUGAGCACAUUCAUGGACAUGCCCUCCUUAGAACGUGUGGAGCUAUAUGACUGUAUACAGAUUUCACGCGACACUGUAACUCGCCUACAGGAGGAGCGUCCACAACUCAUAGUGCAUAUCUACUUCCCACCGACUAUCCUACCGGAAGCCGGCGUCCCUCCUCGCCGCAGAAGGUGUAGAUGCUGCAACUGUGUUGUUCUCUAGCAAGGUCAACUCCUGCAUGCCGUGCUAUCUUUCCGAAUUGUUUAACCUCCAUUCAUGCAGCUAGCUUGCACGCACCCCCCCCCUCUAUUUAUUCUGCUUUUAUACUCUCUGAUCUCACGCUGCAACUCCAGUAGCCAUCAUAGCUGCAUGGCUGUAUUUAGUGGACAUGUGAACGAACAUACCUCCGACUCUUCUCUGCUUGUACAAUCGCUUGACUCCCUGCUAUAUUUGUAUAUUUUUUAACCAUCUAAGUAUUUGUGUCUCUAUCCACCUUGCUGCCAUAUUGGACCUCCACUGAUCACCACACCGGAUAUUUGUAUUGCUAUUUUCCAGCCACCUGUCAACCGCCCUAUCGUAUAAUUGUCUAGUUUGAAUUGCAUUCCUUAGCGUCACUGUAACUAACAAGUCCUUGCACGUUUCCCACAGGCCUACAGGAUGUUUUCAUGGCCCUGGUCUUGUCGUUUUAUUUCCGCACAGCAACUGACACCGUGUGUAGGUUAAUGGUGGUGCUCUACAACGUUUUUAUUAUGCUGUACAUUCUAUGAUGUCAUAUACAUGUUGAGUUGUGGUAAGUGAGGUCUGGUCACAUGAGUAUAUUGCUGUCCUCGCUCAUUACACUUGCAUCAACUGCUGUGUUCUUCUGAAGGUGGGGACCAGAGCAUUUCAUAGCUUUUCCAGCUAGCUCCUUGACACUUCAACAUACAGUACAUGUAAUUGCAUUGUAGUACCGUAGUACCAAGAGUCCAUAAAAACCCCCAUUGUAGGGAUCUCGUGGUAGUACCGGUACUUGUAGUUGUACUGUUUGCACUGCUUUUUUAUUUUUUUUUGCUGGCUUUCCAACUCCCAGUUUUGUCUUCUUUUUAUCCUGUUUGUGCGGCAUAGAAUCAGGAAUAAGGCACAGCUGUUUGGUUUCUGCAUGUAUUAUCCUAUGGUGAUUUUUUAUUUCCAGUACUGGUGAUUUAUGUCUAUACUA